CGACCCGGAGCGAAGGUCUCGCGAGGUUUGGGCGCUGCGGCGGCAGGAGGAGGACGGGGAAGGACGGAGCCGAGCCACGGCUGCCUCCCUCGCCCACUCCCUCGCGCACUCGCCCGCCCCCUCCCUCCCUCCCCUCCCUUCCCCAGCCCCGGCUCUGGCCCUGGCCCAUUCGCUGUUGGGUCUUCCGCUAGGGAGGAUGUCGGGCUCGUUGCUGCCCAGCGCCCUGGCCCUCUCGCUGUUGCUGGUCUCUGGCUCCCUCCUCCCAGGGCCAGGCGCCGCUCAGAACGCUGGGUUUGUCAAGUCGCCCAUGUCAGAAACUAAGCUCACGGGGGACGCCUUUGAGCUGUACUGUGACGUGGUCGGGAGUCCCACGCCAGAGAUCCAGUGGUGGUACGCAGAAGUCAACCGGGCAGAGUCUUUCAGACAGCUGUGGGACGGUGCUCGGAAGCGCCGUGUCACCGUAAACACCGCCUACGGGUCAAACGGCGUGAGUGUGCUGAGAAUAACCCGGCUCACCUUGGAGGACUCUGGGACUUACGAGUGCAGGGCCAGCAACGACCCCAAGAGGAAUGACUUGAGGCAAAACCCCUCCAUAACAUGGAUUCGAGCCCAGGCCACCAUAAGCGUCCUUCAGAAGCCAAGGAUUGUCACCAGUGAAGAGGUCAUUAUUCGAGACAGCCCUGUUCUCCCUGUCACCCUGCAGUGUAACCUCACCUCCAGCUCUCACAUCCUUACAUACAGCUACUGGACAAAGAAUGGGGUAGAACUGAGUGCCACUCGUAAGAAUGCCAGCAACAUGGAGUACAGGAUCAAUAAGCCGAGAGCUGAGGAUUCAGGCGAAUACCACUGCGUAUAUCACUUUGCCAGCGCUCCUAAAGCAAAUGCCACCAUUGAAGUGAAAGCUGCUCCUGACAUCACUGGCCAUAAACGGAGCGAGAACAAGAAUGAAGGGCAGGAUGCCACGAUGUAUUGCAAGUCAGUUGGCUACCCCCAUCCAGACUGGAUAUGGCGCAAGAAGGAGAACGGGAUGCCCAUGGACAUUGUCAAUACCUCCGGCCGCUUCUUCAUCAUCAACAAGGAAAAUUACACUGAGUUGAACAUUGUGAACCUGCAGAUCACAGAAGACCCUGGCGAAUAUGAAUGUAACGCCACCAACGCCAUUGGCUCUGCCUCUGUUGUCACUGUCCUCAGGGUGCGGAGCCACCUGGCCCCACUCUGGCCUUUUUUGGGAAUUCUGGCUGAAAUUAUCAUCCUUGUGGUGAUCAUUGUUGUGUAUGAGAAGAGGAAGAGGCCAGAUGAGGUUCCUGACGAUCAUCAGGCAGAUUGAGCUUGAGGAGAAUCCAAGUCAAGCCUAGAAGCCACCCCAAGAUCGCAGGCCACCUGGCCUUUCAGGCAGAUUUAAGGUACCUAACUGGUUGUCACAUGGUUGCCUGGUGUAGCCCCUGUAGGUAACUGCCCAGCCCAGUUAGACUGUUCUCAGAAAAGCCAUUGGAACAAGCCAGCUUUUGGUUCCCUUGGUUGGUCCCUUUGAUAGGUUUUCAAGGCUUUCUACUGGGUGGCUUUUCCGUCUAUGUCUCACAGACAAAGAGUGAUGGAGAGAGUCUGAUGUAUCCACCCACGUGGCGUAAGACGGAGGUACCAAAGGUGGAGCAAAUGGAGUCCAUGCCCCAAGGCUGUGCCGUCAAGCCGGCCUAGGGUCAGAGAAGGGAGGAGAUGGUAGCAGCAGAACCACAGCAAACCAUGAAGCACUGGAAAGAGCAGGAGCUGAAAUCUUAGAUUAUCGGAUGCACCUUGAGUCAGAAAAGCCUCGGGAAAUUUUUGGUGUUAGAUUUUUGUCUUUCACCCUGUGAAGGGGAAGCUGCUGAAGGAGACUUGUAUCCGCAGUACUUCAGGCUCCCAGCUGGCUCCCUAUCCCCAUCCUAUAACAUGACCAGCAUAAAGAAAGUCAUUGGCCAACCGUUAACACCACCAGUCUGUCCCUGGCUAGCCUAGACAGAUGGGUGUGCCCCUGGCUCGGUAGCAGCCACCCCGGGGUGACGUUGGGGUUGCCAGCUGUAGUCUAGCUAUUCUAGGGCCUGUGUUUGUGCACCUGUGGUGCUGUAUCCUGUCCCACAGAGCUGGCUGUCCAGUGGAGAAUACAAAGUGACGUCUGGUGCUCCCUCAGAAAGUGUGUGGACCCAGAGGCAUGCCAGUGGCUUUAGACUCUCUGGGAGGACAUGUUUGAGAGCUAUAGCCCCUUCCCCAUCUUUUCCUUUCUUCUGAGCAGUUCUGAAUCUCUCUGCCUGCAGUAAGUAGUGAAUGGCUGGUGAGGAGGUUUGUUGAUGACACGAUGUCUGGUGACUCUGUACACUUAGCAGUGAGCUGGGCAGAGUUGUGGGUGGGACGUUGGCUGGGAGCAGACGGCCUCUAUAAUUGAGUCUCUAGUUUCCUGCACCCUGGGAGUGCCCUAGGAGUCUUACUUUCCUACUCUGUGAAGUGAACCUGCUUUUUUUGGGGGGAUUUCAUGUAUUCCUAAUGCUGUUUUUCUCCAGACAUUUCCCUCUCCUGCCACAUAUUAGGACUCCCAAGGCAAGAGUACACCUUUACUUAGAGCUGGGAGUAAAGGGAAAGAGUUGCCUUUCGUGUGUUUCCAGUUUUGGCUCUGUAGGAUCAGUUAUGCCUUCUUCCUGAAAACAGGGCCUUUUUAUCCGCCCAGAAUGCUUUUGCUUUGCCAAAACUACCUUCCUCAGCCUGCCCUUUGGAAAGGUUGAGAAGCUAAAAAGUCAGGUAAGAGGAGGCAAAGAUGGGCAUCAGAACCUGAUUUUUAAAUGUUAAGGCAAGGCUGGCUGCCACUGGUGAGAGUGACGCAGUGGCCUAGUGUGUUCUCGGAAAAGGUCCAGUCUUUGCCCUAAGAAACCACUGUGCUUAUGAAGUUGCUGUCGCAGUGCAUGUGGCAGGUUAGAUUUGAGAAAUGGUUAGUAUUGUUCUGUUGGACAAGUGCAGACACCUGCCCAGGGAAGCAGCUCUCUUUUUUUAAAAAGAGUUCCUUGGUUACUGAAUUCAAAUGGGGGACUAGUUUGUUAUAGGAGACAUCUGUGGCCAGCAAAUCUGAACAGCUUCCUAGAGGGAAAAUACCUCUUUUAAACUAAGUUAUUAUAGACAGUGAAUGAAUCCUACCUGUCAAAGAGAUGAUGGCAGGGUAAGUGCAAGGUAAAACCCCCUUGCUCCUGUCUCUUGGGAGAAUAUUGUAAUGAAAGCAGCGUUGACUUGGUUGUUGUUGAAUUGGGGUGAAAAAUCUGAGAUGCUGGAGUGAUCGCAAUGUUUGCCUUCUCUCCUUCCCUUCCUGACAGCCAGGGUGGGCCAGGCUCCACUCUCCAUCCUCACACCCUUCCCUUGCCCCAACAUUUCCAUUCUUUCUUUCUCCUCUGUCUUUUUCUCUCAAACUCCUCCCUGCUUCCACCCCUCCCUGCCUUUCUUCUCCUUUCCUGGAAGUAACCAUUAAACAAAAGAAAAAGUUGAUAGUUCUUUGGUGAGUUUUCCUUCUUCUCUGCCUUUUCCUUCUUUAGCCAGUUCCGCUCAACUCCUGUGCAGUUCUUAGGAAGGACAAACUCACCUGUCUGCUUUCUUCCCAUGUGCUCCUCCUCAUAUUUUCAUGUGAUAUAUACAAACACCCCUUUUUGGAAUAAACAAGAAGGUACAUUAUAUCUGACACAAACUUGGGAGUGUUAGAGGUGAGAAGUGUUUACCUAUCAGAUAACCAUCUGUGGCUCUGUAUUGGAUUUUUUAUGCCAUUAGGAAAAUGGGAAUUUUUUUAAUAGGCCUGGCAUACUUUCUCUCUGCCAAAUAGGCACUUUAUUAUCAGGAUACACCUAUGGUUCAUUUCAGACUCACUGAACUUUUUUGGGGGCCAUUUUUAGUGGUUCUGAUAUAUCCAAGCUCUUUUAGAUACUUAAGAAUGAAGAGCUGUUCUAGCCAGGUGCAGUGGCUCACGCCUGUAAUUCCAGCACUUUGGGAGGCCGAGGCGGG